AUGAGUCAAAGGGGUUUGAUUUAUAGCUUUGUUGCCAAAGGAACGGUUGUUUUAGCAGAGCAUACUCAGUAUACAGGAAAUUUCAGUACCAUUGCUGUUCAGUGUUUGAACAAGCUUCCUUCAAAUAGCACCAAAUACACUUAUUCAUGUGAUGGUCACACUUUUAACUUCCUCUUAGACAAUGGAUUUGUUUUCCUUGUUGUUGCUGAUGAAUCGAUUGGAAGGAGCAUUCCUUUUGUAUUUCUGGAACGGGUGAAGGAUGAUUUUAAAAAGCGUUAUGGUUCUAGUAUUACGAAUGGAAGUGGCCAUCCACUUGCUGAUGAUGAUGAGGACGAUGAUUUGUUUGAAGAUAGGUUUAGCAUUGCGUAUAAUCUUGACAGAGAAUUUGGGCCAAGUCUUAAGGGGCAUAUGCAGUAUUGUUUGACCCAUCCUGAAGAAAUGAGUAAACUGUCAAAGUUGAAGGCUCAAAUAACUGAGGUCAAGGGAGUAAUGAUGGAUAACAUUGAGAAGGUUUUGGAUCGCGGAGAGAAGAUUGAACUUCUGGUGGAUAAAACUGAAAACUUGCAGUUCCAGGCCGACAGCUUCCAGAGGCAGGGCAGACAGCUGAGAAGGAAGAUGUGGCUGCAGAAUCUCCAAAUGAAGCUGAUGGUGGGAGGAGGAAUCCUUAUCUUAGUUAUAAUAUUAUGGGUUAUUGCUUGUGGGGGUUUCAAAUGUUGA